CAGUGAGCACCUGUGUGAGAGUUGCAGAGUAGCAGUAUGUUUCCCGCUCCGCAUCUUCUUCGCGUGGCUUUCAAUUAAUGCGCUCAACAUUUCUGGAGGACUUCUCUUUUCCAGCUCAUGCGAGAUCUCAGCUGUCUUUGGAAUGAUGGGAACCUUACAUGACAGCAUUGGAUUUGUGCUCUUUUCCUGUUUGUCCAUUCAAGUUGGAUUUUCUCUUGACGGAAAGUUUACCGAUUUCCCUACUAACAUCACUGCAAGGGAAGGACAGAAUAUUGAAAUGGCAUGUGCCUUUCAAAGUGGGAUGUCUUCGGUUUACUUAGAGAUCCAGUGGUGGUUUAUUCGAGCUCCGGAGGAACUGAUUACAAGCGAGGAGAAUGAGGACGAUACGGAGAUGGAGCUGAUUCCAGAUCCGGAUCCUGAUGAAGAAGGGACUAAAAUAAGU